UGAUCAUAAACCCUCUCUCAUUUCACGUCUCUUCCGUCUUCGCCGCGGAUGGCUUCGCCCUCAAUUAUUGAGGAGCUUAAGAAACACUCUUCAGAGUUUUCAGUGUCUGAUGUAGUUAAAUGGGAAUUUGGUAAUGUUAUCCCAUUUGAUUUUCUAGCGAAUAGUUUGGUAGCUCUCUCAGAGGUUGAUGAAUGGGAUAGUUGCUUAACCAAUAUUCUGAGGGCUGUCAUAGAGUCAUCACCCACUGAUCUGCUUGCUGUGAUAUGCCUACUCGCUAGGAAGGUUUUCGACGACAAUGGUUCCUAUCGUAUUAGUGCUUCUAGGGAGGUUGUUGUACGUGCGAUAGCUAAUUCAUCUCAAAAGACCAAGCAAGUUAUAAAACGAAACCUAAAAGAGAAUGGUAAUGAUUUAGCUUUAGUUGCUGAAUUGAAUAGGCCGGUGCUGCUAAGACCUCGUCGACCCUUGACCAUUGGGCAUGUUUUUCUUAAGCUGGAAGUGUAUGCUAAGGAUAGUGGAACGGAAGAAUGCAAUAACUACAAGAUGUAUAUUUUGCUUGAGUUAUUCAAUGCUUCAUCUACAUUUGAAGCUAGAACUUUGGUUCAGUUUCUUCAGCCACCAUGGGAUCCCAUCCCUUUGACAAAUUUAGUGGAAGCUCUGGCCCGUGCUGCUGUUUAUGCUGACAAGAACAUCCCUCCACAAGAUAUUUCUACACAUCUUGUAAAAGCUGUCAGAGUUAGUAAGCAGAUUUACAAAUUGCGACCUAGAGUUAGUUUGUUUGUGGAUGCAAUUCAUUCUACUGGAGAUUACAAGGACUUUCCAGAACUUAUUGGGUUUGGCCCCGGGAUUCCUGUCAAGCUCAAGCAGCCUGUUGCUGUGAAAGAUGAUUUGCUGGAAAUUUAUACAAAUUUUAAUGAGGUAGAGUUGGUAUGUGAGUCGUACAUCCCAGGUGCCGUAUGCGCUCAGAUUCAUGGGGAUGGGAGACGCAUUGACAUAUUUGUAAACGAUGAUUGUGUUACAAAUAUGUAUUCCGAUGUUGGUGAAGUUAUCUCUAGACUGAAGAAACCAUCUAUAGAAUCUUUCAUAUUAGAAUGUAAAAUGGUCGUUUGUGAAGACUCUAACUGUAAUGUUAGUGUAUAUGUCACUGACCUUCUCUACCUUAAUGGGAUGUCUCGUCUGAUGGAUCAAUUUGAAUCAAGAAUUCAGCUUUUUCGCAGUUCCUUUGACACAAAGACAGGUUCAUUUGAGCUUGUUAACUUUAAAGAAUCAAAGGAUCUUGAGACUAUACCAUCCUUUUUAAAGGAUGCGAAUUCAAGCUUGGUAUUGAAGAGAUGGAUUUCAGAUUCUUUUUAUCAGCCAUCAAAGCAACCACGAGAUUGGUUUAUUUUGGAGAAAGAUUUGUUCGUUAGGAUUCAGUAUGACCUAAAUCUGAUCCCUAUUGCUGCCAUUCGAGAAGAAGACAGUGGAGAUGCUUAUUCAUCUUUUCUUUUGGCGUCUUAUGAUGACAUUAAAGAAGAAUAUGAGGCUAUUUGUUAUAUAGGUUCUACUUUGUCCGAGGCCGAGAUUGAAGAACUUUCAUCUGGUCUUUGCUCGAACCUUAUUAAUGAGCCUAAGGCAUCUUACAAGUAUUCAAGUGAGACUAGUAGUCUUGAUGUGUGGUUUGAACCCUCUCAGGUUUGGGAGGUCAAAGCAUCGCUACUUGCUACUAGUAGUGAUUUCCGUGCUUGCUUUGGUGUUGUAGAGCCUGAUAAGGGGAUUUGUCUAUGUUUCACUAGUUUCGUUGGUGUCAAAAGUGACUCAAGCAAGGUUUCAACAUCAAAUAUGGUGGCUGAUUUAUACAAGUCACAGAAGCAUAUCAACACUGAAGAGGAAGCUUGAUGAGUAUUUUUGUUUAA